UCUCCAGCACUUGACUUUGACUCUGUGUUUUUUCCUUUGAAGAAAAAAGUUGAACACUUUUUUGGAGAAGGGAACCAAUAGAGUAAAAGAGUACGGUGAGGGGACUCAGCCGGACUUUGACUCAGCUUCAACUGGCCCACAGCUGGGUCUACAUCAAAACUGGCGAGCCAGCCAGGAGGGGCGCCUGUCAACAGGACCUGACCUAGACCGGGAAGCAGAUCGGCAUCUGCCAUUCAGACCACAAGCGCACCAAAACUAAGAAUAAAGCUGUAACAGAAGAUUGAGAAGCAGAGAUCCAGCCACAACUGCAAAAGGUGACGCCUGGUGACUGGGUAUACGUCAAGGUGUUCAAAAGAAAGUGGGACCAACCCAGACGUGAAGGUCCUUUUAAGGUUACUCUAGCAACCCCAACCGCCCUUCAAGUGCAAGUAGGCAAAACAUGGCUGAUUGGUGGCUCAGCUCUCAAUAUAUGCCCCCCACAAAGUGUGAAGAAGAACCCCAACCUGGUCCCAGUCAACCGGUCCAAGGCAUCAGCCCGCAACUGCCAACAUCAUGGCCAAACCCACAGCCAUCUCCUCCACAUCGCCAACCACGAUGGGACCAGUUCCGGCCUUGGCAGCAGCCCCUGGAGUCACCGGAGCCACCUCCGUCAAGAGCUGAGUCAAAUGGGACCUCUGGCAGCCCCACCUCACAGGAGACCCCUGGCAGCCCAUGGCCUUCUCCUUGGCCAACCCCAUGCAGCCCAUCCGAUCUGAAGGUCCUCACGGCCCCUCAGCUGCCAUUCCCAGCGCUAUGUCCAGAGGGUCAUCAAUACCUCACCUUACAGGAGGUGGGAGACCUCUCCACAGCAGAAUAUAUCCGUAUUCAUGAUAGCCUCUCACCUGAGAAUCAAAUUCUCAUUCAGGUGAUUCGCGGAGGCUUAAGGCACCUCCGCGGAGAGCUGCAGAAGAUGAAGAGUGUGCCAACAGCCCGUGCACUACAAGCUAUUCUUGGUAGGGUGGAAACCCGCUUUGCCAUCUGCUUGGGAAAUCCUCAACACCCGCAGAAGUACAGGGCAAAGAUGUAGGAUGUGUUUUGCCCAUCACCGUGAUCUCCGGCUGGAGAUCACUAGUGCAUUUAAUAUAUAUAACCUGCUUCCCAGGAUUGGACAGUUUCUUCUCUUGAAUAG